GGCACUAAGAUGCCGGAAGUGUUUACACCAGAGAGCUGAGCUAACAGGCUAAGAAACCAAAGGCGGCGCAGGUUUUCAGCUCCACCGCAGCGAACAGAUCCAUCUUUCAUCAGUACCGGUUCUGUUCAGCAUAAAGGUGUUUUCCACCUGCUCGUGUUUCCUGUCCAGGAAUCGGGAUGAGUCUGCAGUGGACGGCCGUCGCCACCUUCCUCUACGUCGAGGUCUUCCUCGUUCUUCUCCUCUGCAUCCCCUUCAUCUCCCCCAAGAGGUGGAACAAGAUCUUCAAGUCUCGGCUCAUCCAGACCAUCGCUCUCUAUGGAAACACCUGGUUCAUGGUGGCCAUCGCCAUCCUCGUCUUCCUCCUUAUCGAUGCGUUUCGUGAGGUGAGGAAGUACAGCGUGACGGAGAAGGUGGAUCUCACCAACAACCCGACGGCCAUCGAACACAUCCACAUGAAGCUGUUCAGAGCUCAGAGGAACGAGUACAUCGCCGGCUUUGCUCUGCUGCUCUGCCUGCUCCUGCGUCGCCUAGCAACGCUGCUCUCUCAGCAGGCCUCGCUCAUGGCCUCUAACGAGGCCUUCAAGAAGCAGGCGGAGGGCGCCAGCACCGCCGCCAAGAAAUACAUGGAGGACAACGAGCUGCUGCAGGAGAAACUGCGCAAUGCUGGAGUCGAAGUUCCGGAGGAGGGAAAGAAAGGAGGAGGAGUCCAGGAGGAGAACAAGACCCUGAAAGAGGAGGUGAAGACCCUGAAGCAAGAGCUGGAGACCACCAAGAAAGCUCUGCAGAAGUCUGACAGCGACGUUUCUGCGAUGAAGAAACAGGCGGAGAACCUGACGGUGGAGUACGACAGACUGCUGGAGGAGCACAGCAAGCUGUUGGCGAGCAGCGACAAGAAAUCAGACUGAGGAUGAAGAUGUUUCCUGCUCGUUUCUUCAUCAUCAUCAUCGUCCUCAACAGCAUCUUCUGCGUCGUCCCCAUUGCCUCGCUCUUUGAUGUCAUGAGUCAGCUGACAUCUCUGGGCUGUGAUUGGAUGACGGAUCUUUGUGUUUUUCUCUGAUUUAUUUCUGGUUUUGUUUCUGUAAAGUUUGAGCUGAUCAUUCCUACUUUUCUGUUCUUGGAAGAACAAAACGGUUUUUUCUGCAGGAAGAGAUGAGCUACAUUCCAGUCCACAUCUGUGGUUUCCAUGGAGACUGUUGUGAAAUGAAUGUUUUAAGCUGUCUAUUUCUGGAUGUAUAUCUCAGUUAAAACGUGGCCUGAACUUGUUUGACAUGUUGAAGACGUCAGAAAUGAGCUCCGGAGGAACCGGGACUCGUUUCUGAUGAGCUGUAAUAAAAACGCUUGAUCAGCA